UUGGUUGCCUGACAUGAAAACAUGUUGGUUACGAUCUCUCGCACGCGGCUCCUGGGUUUUGCCGAGUCGCUGCACUCACGUUUCACCCCCAGCUUGCACUCUACCCGGGGGUACAGCAACAAGAGACAGGACAGCAAUGAGAGCAAUAACGAGGGUAGUGAGAAAAAGAAAACGAAUUUAUUACUCAGCCUUCCCAAAACCAAACUGACCUUAACGCUUCGCGACGGAGCCGCUGCUAAGAGAGAAAAGGUUAUUCAAGAAAAAACUGGUUUUUCCAAACUUUAUGAAUGGCAAAGAAACCAGGAACAACGACCAGAGUUUGUUUUACAUGAUGGACCUCCAUAUGCCAAUGGAUUACUACAUGUUGGGCAUGCUGUCAACAAGAUUUUAAAAGAUAUUGUGAACCGCCACAAACUGCUAGAAGGGUACAGAAUUGGAUAUCGCCCAGGUUGGGACUGCCAUGGAUUGCCCAUUGAACUGAAAGCCAUCAAGCAGAAAGACAAUGCAGUGAAUGAUCUUCGUCCAUUGACCAUCAGAGAUCGAGCUCGAAAGUUUGCAAAAGGAGCCAUCAAGCAACAAAAGGCCACAUUCAAAAGGUGGGGUAUUUUAGGGGACUGGAACACACCUUAUUUGACCAUGGACCCAAAAUAUUCCAGCUGUCAGCUCAAUGUUUUUUACAGUCUCUAUAAGAAGGGUUUAAUUUACCAAGAUUUUAUGCCAGUAUACUGGUCUCCAUCAUCAAGGACAGCACUUGCCGAGUCUGAGCUUAUUUAUAACACCAAACAUGUCAGCCAGUCACUAUGGCUGACAUUUGAUGCUCUAACGAUUCCAGAGGGUUUAGUACAACUGAGUGAAGGCAAAAUACUGAAAAAACCUGUUAAAUUAUUUGUUUGGACCACCACACCAUGGACGAUUCCAGCCAACCAAGCAAUUUGUUUUGGCGCUGACAUUAAGUACUGCUGUGUGGAAACUGCAGACACCAUGUACAUAUGUUGCGAGGAAUUUGUCCCAACUCUUAAAGACAUACUGGCGUCGCCCACUGAGGUAACACUGACAUUUGAAGGUUCGAAGCUGUUGUCGAUGACAUACUGCCACCCACUCAACAACGAAGAACUGCCAGUAUACUCAGCCAGUCAUGUGACAUCAACAAAGGGAACCGGCCUCGUCCAUACAGCCCCAGCCCAUGGACAUGAGGACUUCCAUCUUGCUAUUGACCAUGGACUAUCUGUUAAAUCAUUAAUCAGGGAAGAUGGCAGCUAUUCACCAGAAGCAGGCCCUCAACUUGCUAACAAGGUCGUAGGGAAAGAUGCCAAUGAAACUGUUUUGGAAUUACUGGGAGAUCAUGUGAUUAAAGUGGAGGACUUCGCUCACAGUUACCCUUACGAUUGGCGCACCAACCAGCCUGUGAUCAUACGAGCUAGUCUUCAAUGGUUUGUGGACACCAGCUCUGUGAAGGAGACUGCAAUUAAAUGUCUCGAUUCUGUCAACAUCUACCCCAAGUCAUCACAGAACAGUAUGCUGUCCCAGCUAGAAUCCAGGACUUACUGGUGCAUCUCUCGUCAGAGGUCUUGGGGGCUGCCCAUUCCUGUCUUUUAUUGUCGUUCUACUGGAAAACCCUUCAUUACAGUAGACAGUGUGAACCACAUCUCUAAGUUAUUCCUUGAACAUGGCACUGACGUUUGGUGGAAGAUGUCUACAGAGGAACUGUUACCUGAGUCUGUUCUACAGAAGAGUGGUAUAAAGAAUUCUUCUGGUUUUGUGAAAGGGGAAGAUAUUUUGGACAUAUGGUUCGAUAGUGGUGUCUCUUGGGCCUGCAUCUUACAAGAUUCUAAUGAAGAAGCUGAUGUCUAUUUGGAGGGACUUGACCAGUUUGGGGGCUGGUUUUUGUCCUCUCUUCUCACCAGUGUGGCCCUCAAUGAAAAACCUCCUUUCAAGUCUCUUGUGGUUCAUGGGUUCACAGUUGAUGCGGAGGGCAAGAAAAUGUCCAAAUCUGUCGGAAAUGUCAUAGAUCCAAUGGAUAUUGUGGAUGGAUCCAAGGCCAGUGGUAUUCCAUCCUAUGGAGCUGAUGUCCUGCGAUGGUGGGUGGCCAGUUCGGGACUACAGAGUAACAUUCCCAUCGGAAGUUCAAUCCUCAGCAGGUGUAACGAGGAAGUAUUUCGGUUACGUAAGACUUGCCGGUUCCUGUUGGGUAAUCUGUGGGAUUUCACACCUGAGAAACACAGCGUCUCCUACAACCAGCUGCUUGCACAGGACAGCUAUAUGUUGCACCUGCUGCAUGACUUUGCACUCAAGGUGAUCCAACUUUAUGCUGACCAUCGUUACAAUAAGGUCACUUCUAUUGUUGACCGCUUCAUCAGUGCCGAUGUAUCCAGUUUCUACAGCUCCGUUAUCAAAGACAGGUGCUACUGUGACAGUAGAGACAGCCGAGAGAGAAGGUCCUGCCAGACAGUCCAGUACCAUGUAUUAGAUGUUCUGAUUAGGCUUUUGGCACCAAUUCUGCCACACUUUGCUGAGGAAGUCUUCCAAUAUUUACCAAAACUACAACACCAACAAGAUUGUAACAGUCUGUUCAAGACUACAGGCCACAACAUCAACCCAGAAUGGGAAGAUUUAGCAGGUUACCACAGUUUUCAACCAAGUCUGCAGAUCAAGGCCCGGUUCAACGAAAUGAUUGGUCCAGAGACCCCUUCCUCCUUUGACGUCAUCAUCUGGGCUUCUGGUGACCUUUACGAUAACCUUAAGGUGUUACAGCCCACCAAUGUAUCGACUAAUUCUACCCUUGUGGAGGUCUUGCAAGCGUCACAAGUUUCCCUUAGCAACCAGAGACUGGAUUCUGCCAUGGACGACGUUGAAUUGGUAACUGCCUCUUGCUCGUUAUAUAAACCAGACACGGAUGCAACCGAGAAGCAUGACUAUGUGAUGGGAGUGUUGCCUUGCCAACUCUACAUGUGCACCAGAUGUCGCAGAUCUGUGGCUAAAUCGUCGGCCCUAAAGUUCUGUUCUCGAUGUGCAGAUGUCAUAGCUGAAGACUACCAAUGAGUGUAGCUCUCUGAACUCACACUCACAAUUCUCUCGAGCUCUUUCUGUCUCUCUCUCUCACUGAAGUGAUCUCAAAGGAGAGUGAGAUCACUCGAUCCAUGAGUGAAGCUGCUUGUCUGUCUGUCUGUCUCUCUCUCUCAAGGAAAAAAUGCAGACUUCCUAUCAGCGAGUGUAGCUUUUUCUUUUCUUUCCUUCAAAACUGAAACCUUCAUUAAGUGCAACAGUCUCUAUUAAGAGCUCCCCUUCCUCAAGGAAUACUGCGAGAGACAACUGUAUCAAAAUAUCCCUCAAUCUACUGUCUGUCUGUUUGUCUAUCUUUCUUUUUCCCUUUCUUUCUUUCUCCUUUUGUUUGUUUGUUUCUUUCUAUCUGUCUGUCGCUCUCUCUCUUUUUCUUUCUUUCUCUCCUCAUUUCUCCUUUUCUUCUUUUCUCCUUUUGUUUCUUUCUGUCUGUCUAUCUAUCUUUCUUUUUCCCUUUCUUUCUCUCUUUCUCCUUGUGUUUGUGUGUUUGUUUCUUUGUUUCUGUCUGCUGUAUCUCUCUCUCUAUCUUUCUUUUUUCCUUUCUCCUUUUGUUUGUUUCUUUGUUUGUUUGUUUCUUUCUGUUGCUCUCUUUCCCUCCUUAUUUCUCCUUUUCUUUCUUUCUUCUUUUGUUUGUUUGUUUGUUUGUUUCUUUCUUUCUGUCUGUCUCUCUGUUACACACACACACUCUCUCUCUCUCUCUCUUUCUUUCUGUCUGUCUAUUUCUCUCUCUCUCUCUCUUUCUAUCUCUCCUUUUGUUUCUUCUUGUCUGUCUCUGUUUUUCUCUCUCUCUCUACUUACAUUAAAAUCUGAAAGCUACCCUUUUCCGUAAGUGCAGCUCCCUCUUAUAAAAUUUCAGUACUACACUAAUGAGUGAUGCUCAGAUAUCAAGGAGUGCAGCUGUAAAGCUCCACUCAAAUGUCAGCAGCAGACGACACAUUGAGGGAAGGAGCCAUCUUGUCACUCUCUCUAUUCAAGGACAGAGGACUCAAACCAAACCUUCAGUGGGAGUGCAGUUGUAUAGCUUCACUCAAGUGACAACUACAGACUAUCUGUGAGUGCAACUGUCAAUCCACACUUGAAUAACAACUGUAAACUCAAAGAGUGCAGCUGUAUAUCUCAAAUCAAAUGACAACAGAGACUACUAGUGAGUGUAGCUGUUCAUCUCUACUCAAAUGAUAACAGAAGACCCAGUGAGUGCAACUGUAAGUCUCCACUCAAGUGACAACAACAGUGUCAGUGAGUGCAGCUGUCAGUCUCCACUCAAGUGACAGCAGUAGACUGUCUGAGUGAAUCUGUAAGUUUGCACUCAAGUGACAACAGUCGACUUGAGUGUAAUUGUACGUCUCCACGCAAGUGACAGCAAUAGACUCAGUGAGUGCAACUAUCAGUCUGCACUCAAAUGAGAACAGCAGACCGUCAGUGAGUGGAACUUUCAGUCUCCACUCAAGUGACAACAACAGACCCAGUGAGUGCAACUAUAUCUAAUGAAGACAUUAUUGUGAAACCAUUAAGAAAAUAAUUGUUUAAAUUUGUAAAAGUCAUCUUUUGAUGAUUUUAAAAUCUGUGAUUCAAAGGAAAUUGAAUUGUUUUUUGUGUUUGUUUGUUUUUGAUAUUAAAUUGUUUUGAUUA